AAUAUAAUAGCGAUAAUAACAAUGCACGUUAAACCAAAAAAGAAAACGGAAGAGGAGCAGAGGAGAUUCAAUGAGAGAAAACGGGAAAUUCGCCCAGCAGCAUGAACAGUACCGCGCAAGCUCUGAAGAAGUGAGGUAGUGUUGAUUUUCGCUCUUCACUCGUCACUGCAUGGCCAUUAGAAUUCCAAUAGACGUUUAUAAGUGACGGAAAGAGGUAUAAAGGACCAUGCACUCCCACCCAAUACUGUGAACAAGAGGUAAAGGGCGGAAACUCAGAAUAUGUGUGUCUGUUUUAAUUGUUGAAUUACAAACGAAAGAAAAAAAAUUAGUUUGAAGUUAAAAAAAUUAUUGUGGUGAUGAUUGAAGAAAGAUAACAGUGAUAUAAGGAUGAAAUGUAACUGAAUAACGUUGAUGAUUAAUUAAAUGUGAAAAGAAUAUUAACUUUGGUGUCUGACGAACAAGAGAGAGAGAGAGAGAGAGAGAGAGAGAGAGAGAGAGAGAGAGAGAGAGAGAGAGAGAGAGAGAGAGAGAGAGACUAGGAAACAGAAGGAAAAAAAGAAUAUAGAAAAAUAAAAUAAAGACGAAGAACAAGAAUAAGAACUAGAGAAAAUAAUAAAAAAAAAUACGAACCACGACAGAAACGGUAACAAGAAGAAGAAGAAGAAGAAGAAGAAGAAGAAAACAUGGAGAGCUUUAAGAUAACAAAAACCUUAAUAAUAAUAAUAAUAAUAACAAUAACAACAACAACACACAGAACCCAAGCGGAAGAAAAACAAACAAACGAACACACACAAAAUGAAAAUCAACAACAACAACAACAACAACAACAACAACAACAACAACAGCAACAAGGAGAUAUGGGCGUGACAGAAGCCUGGAUACAACACCGCCCACCACACCCAUACCCUGCACGCCCAUUUCCUCGUCCACCCAUCCACGCCUACAGGAACCCGAUGCCCUCUCGUUCCUUCACCCCGGCCCAUCCUCGCUACACCCCGGCCCAUCCUCGCUCCCCGCCACGGCCCCCAGCGCAUCCCCAGUACAAAAUUACGGGGCAGGGGGGCUACAGGGGGGUUCAGAGGGGGCAGGGGGGGUAUGGUGAAGGUUACGUUACCAAUGGAUCGUUAACUGAGGCGCUCAAUACAAUGUGGACGGUGAGAGACGGCGGCGACUACACCCACAACCACAACUACGGCACCAGCGACCACAAAGACUCGAGUAACCAGCGCGACGACCACCACCACCACCGCCACGACCCCAGCAAAUUUGAAUACGACUAUGAUGCCCUGGGCCAGCAUAACAGCAUCUCGCACGACCACAGGGACCUUCACGUGCAUAAUUACAACAUACAUAACACACAGGGCAUGCAUGGCUCCCCCUAUCCUCCCUCCCGGUCCCUCCCCAAGAGCCCAGACCCCACCCGCCUCUCCCCAUACAAUUCUAGACCCCAUACCAAGGUGGGCGUGGUGCAGAAUACUGUAGGAGGGGGGACAAGAGGACCGUCACGCCCCCAGGCUCCCAUAAGGACUACUGUACCUCGGGGCGUUCCUCGUACCUCUGCCCUCCCCCCUGUUAUGCCUGCUGUGUUGUCCCCCGUGGCCCCCCCAGCCCCAGUAAACCAGAGGGUGCAGCUUGGAAGACAGCCACUGCCCCCCUUCAUCCACCCCCUCACCCCCAUCGCUCCACCGCGCGCCUCCCAUGAACCCUGUACCGCGCCCCCCAGUACACCAGAGGCUCCCAGCUAGUCCCAACCCCUCCAGACCCAUCCCGCACGCCCUCCCUUGCCGCUGCACCUCACGCCCCUGGAGGCAGCGCAACUCGCCAGACUGCUGAGUGAUCCCCUUUGGCGCAGGCACUUCCUUGGGGCUGCGAACCGAUUGGGGCUGGCAGAUGACAAGGACAGCAGUGCCAUUGCAGCCGCACUACCCCUCUGACAGCAGCUGGAUGAGUGGUGUGUGGGUUCAAGUGAUGGGUGGUGUGGCAGACUCCCCUCCCGUCACUGGAGCGCGCUGUCACCACCAUGUCCUUCCUCGCCUUCGGUAUCUUCAUGACCAACCUCGUCAUCCAGGCUAUG